CGUUCCGCACAUCUGUCAAACGACGUACCACAGAAGCAAGCGAAAGGUGAAGACGCGCGCGGUACCCCUAGAAAACGCAGAUACGUUUUCCACACAGUUUGUUUUUCCCCCGAGGGUUUCCCAUUGUUUUCGCACGCUUGUCCGCACCCGGCAGUCCCAAUGUCCAAGGAAGCGGAAGCGAUUCGCGUCGACAAGGAGCUCGACCUGUCGAACGCGGGCCGCGGCGUGUGGCUGGUGAAGGUGCCGAAGUACAUUGCCAACAAGUGGGAAAAGGCACCGGGCAACAUUGAGGUGGGCAAGCUGAAGAUUUCCAAACAGGUCGGCCAGAAGGCGCAGGUGUCGCUGACGCUGUCCGACGCGGUCAUCAACAUCGAUCCGGCCGAGGAGAUACCGCGCGACCACCGGCUGGACGUGUCGGUCGUGACCAAGCAGACGCUCGGCGUGUUUUCGCACGCCGUUACGACCACGCGGGACGAUCCGGUGCCGGAGUGCGAGAAGCAGUACAUGGAGGGCCGGAUCGUGCAGAAGCUGGAGUGCCGCCCGUACGCCGACCACUGCUACAUGAAGAUGAAGCUCGAAUCGAUCCGCAAAGCGUCCCAGCCGGCCCGGCAGGUGAAGUCGCUCGAGAAGAUCGUGCACAACUACAAGCCCGUCUCCGACCACAAGCACAACAUCGAGGACCGGGAGCGCAAGAAGGCGGAGGGCAAGAAGAGCCGGGACGACAAGAACGCCGUGCUCGACAUGCUGUUCAACGCGUUCGAGAAGCACCAGUAUUACAACAUUAAGGAUCUGGUGCGCAUUACGCGGCAACCGAUCAGCUACCUGAAGGAGAUACUGAAGGAGGUGUGCGACUACAACAUGAAAAACCCGCACAAAAACAUGUGGGAGCUGAAGAAGGAGUACCGGCACUACAAGGAGGACGACAAGAAGGACGACGACACGCCGAAGGACACGAUGUCGGACAGUGAUAGCGACUGAGGUGGAUGUGAUAUGGCGCUUUCCGUCUGGCGUUAACACGGGUACGCGGCCGGACAAGCUGCUGCGAACUGAUGCACGAUGUUUAUUCACGCGGUUAUUUAACAUAAAUACACAAACAAAAUGGGGC